AAAAUAACACGACGAAUAAUCCAGAAGACGUACGGCGUUGUGUAUUGAAAUACGUCACAUCCAAGAAAAUUCAGUAACAGUUUGGACACGAAAAUUAAAAGAAAUACGACUUAAAUACUAUUGUAAUUGUGAUAAUAUUAGAGAAUCGUAUACAAGGAAUCAUAAGAAAUUGAAGAAAUGAAAAGAUACGUGUUAUUGUGCUGUGCAGCUUUGCUGCUAUUCUCAGUAGUUGUAAGGGCAGAAGAUGAUGAGGGCGAAGGAGAGGAGAAAAAGAAGAAAGAAGAUGUUGGAACUGUAAUUGGAAUUGACUUGGGAACAACAUAUUCAUGUGUUGGUGUAUACAGAAACAAACGUGUUGAAAUCAUUGCCAACGACCAAGGUAACCGUAUUACUCCCUCAUACGUGGCUUUCACUGAUGACGGGGAGCGUCUCAUUGGGGAUGCUGCUAAGAACCAGCUUACCAGCAAUCCUGAGAACACCAUCUUUGAUGUGAAACGUUUUAUUGGUAGAAACUGGGAAGACAAGUCUGUUCAACAUGAUGUAAAGUACUACCCAUUUAAGGUCGUAAACAAGAACAGCAAACCUCAUGUUCAAGCUAAAGUGAAGGGAGCCGAUAAAAUGUUCGCCCCAGAAGAAAUAUCUGCUAUGGUUUUGGGAAAGAUGAAGGAAGUGGCUGAAGAUUACCUGGGAGAGACAGUUAAGAAUGCUGUUGUAACUGUACCAGCCUACUUCAAUGAUGCUCAGAGACAGGCUACAAAAGAUGCUGGCGCCAUUGCUGGUCUUAAUGUGAUGAGAAUCAUUAAUGAGCCGACUGCUGCUGCUAUUGCUUACGGUCUUGAUAAGAAGGAAGGUGAGAAGAAUAUUCUCGUGUUUGAUCUUGGAGGUGGUACCUUUGAUGUCUCCAUUCUCACCAUUGAUGAUGGUGUAUUUGAAGUACUUGCUACCAACGGAGACACUCACUUGGGUGGUGAAGAUUUCGACCAGCGUGUGAUGGAGCACUUCAUGAAAUUGUACAAGAAGAAGAAGGGUAAGGACAUCAGAAAGGACAACCGUGCUGUACAGAAACUCCGUCGUGAAGUUGAGAAGGCCAAGAGAGCUCUGUCCUCCCAGCAUCAGACCAAAAUUGAAAUUGAAUCUCUUUUUGAUGGUGAAGAUUUCAGUGAAUCCUUGACCAGAGCUAAAUUUGAAGAAUUGAACAUGGACCUGUUCAGAUCUACUUUGAAACCAGUACAGAAGGUUAUGGAAGAUGGAGAUCUUAAGAUUUCUGAUAUUAAUGAAAUAGUCUUGGUUGGUGGAUCAACAAGAAUUCCAAAAGUUCAACAACUUGUUAAAGAUUACUUCAAUGGAAAGGAACCAAGCAGAGGUAUUAACCCUGAUGAAGCUGUGGCUUAUGGAGCUGCUGUUCAGGCUGGAGUGCUUAGUGGACAGGAAGACACCAGUGACCUUGUCCUUCUCGACGUUAACCCUCUUACCAUGGGUAUCGAAACUGUUGGUGGCGUCAUGACCAAACUUAUCCCAAGAAACACUGUCAUCCCAACAAAGAAGUCCCAAAUUUUCUCCACAGCCGCUGAUAACCAGCCAACUGUAACAAUCCAGGUGUUUGAAGGAGAACGUCCAAUGACCAAAGAUAAUCAUUUGCUCGGAAAGUUUGAUCUUACUGGCAUUCCACCAGCACCAAGAGGAGUUCCCCAGAUUGAGGUCACAUUCGAAAUUGAUGUAAACGGUAUCCUGAGAGUAACUGCUGAAGAUAAGGGAACGGGAAGCAAAAAUCAUAUUGUCAUCACCAACGAUAAUAACAGACUUUCACCCGAAGACAUUGAAAGAAUGAUUAACGAUGCUGAUAAAUAUGCUGCUGAAGACGCUGCUAUGAAAGAAAAGGUUGAAGCCAAAAAUGAACUUGAAAGCUAUGCUUAUUCAUUGAAAAAUCAAAUUAAUGACAAGGAAAAAUUGGGAGCUAAACUUAGUGAUGAAGAUAAAGAAAGCAUUGAAACUGCUUUAGAUGAAAAAAUUAAAUGGUUAGAAGCUAAUGCUGAUGCAGAUACUGAGGACUUUAAAGCACAAAAGAAAGAACUUGAUGAAAUUGUUCAACCCAUUAUGAGCAAACUUUACCAAGGUGCCGGUGGUGAGGGUGGAGCACCUCCACCUGGUGGUGAAGAGGGUGAUCACGACGAGUUGUAAUGCACGUCUAACUUAGGGAUAUCAUUAUAAAUAUUGUUAAUUUAUCAUUUACAUCAUUAUGGGGGUUUAUACAUAAUAUGGGUAGUAACCAUCGAGUAGAAGGCAGGAGUUGUCCGAUUGACUUCUCAAUUGUCUCUUGAGCGUGUGAUAAUGAUAAAAGGGCAAGGAAUACCGAUUCCUGGUUGGAAAUGUUGAUUGUUAUACCUGCCUGAAACUCUUAGUGUAUGGGCUCCGAGCAGAUUUGAAACAAUGUGAUACUGGCAUUACAGAUUACUGUGUCAAACCUAUGUCACCAUUCCUCAUUUCUAUCACACAUAUUAUCAUCAAAAUGUUUGAAAAGUUUACAUUCAACUGUUGCUGAUGUUUUUGAAUAAGUAUUGAAAAACAGGAAAGUUGUUAAAAUUUGAAUAAGUGUAGUAUUUGGGACCAUGUGAACAUGACAUUAGAUUCUCGUGUGUCUAAAGUUCAUUACUUUUCAUUUCAUGCUAAGAAAAAAAUAUGGACAUUGGUACUUGUGAAGGAGUUGAGACUGCUUAUCAAUGUUUAUAAAAGAAAUGAUUAUGAGAAAGUCUGAAUGUUGAGAACCGAGUUGAUAAAUGACAAGUUAUAUUUUUCUAUUUAUUAAACUUGUUUGUGCAAAUUUAGUACUAGUUUAAUGAGCACGUUAAGUAGUAUGUAUCUUAAGUGUGUCUAAUAAAGACGUAUGUAUUGUUUAAAGGUUCAAGUUCAUACGCAGAUCAGUGCAUAAUUAUAUUUCCAACUUGCUUUUCUUUAUUUUGUACGAAAUGAAAGUUGCUCAGUGCUAAGUUUCUUAAAUUAUUUUGUGUGUAAAUUGUUCUAUAUAAAUAGUAAAUUGAAGUUUGUGUUCUGCAGUCAGUUGUGAAAUUGCCUUUUGGGAAUAAGUUUUGCAUUGUGCAAUAAAGAAUGACUGGAAAAAAUUAAAAAGAAAAGGGCCUAGUGGAACUUUUCUUAGAUUUUGAAUAAGAUUCCAUUUUUAGGAGCGUGAAUUUGUUUCAAAUAAUUGGUAAAUUUGGCAGAACAUUGUGCAAGAGUUUAUCUUGUGAAUAGUUUUGGUGUAGCAAACUGUGUAAAUGUUUGUAAAAAUGAAGAUGGAUGAAUGCCGUAACUGAAUUGUGAAACUGUGUAUAGAAAAUAUAGUUUUGUGAUAAAAAGUAUGUUAAAAUUUUAUUUGUGACAUGUUGUAUUGAAUUAUUGACAUUAAAAAAAUGAAAAUACCAAGUUAAAA